AAUUGAAGCAGUAUCAGCAAGUGGCGGAGAGCUUUGUAGAGUUUCAUGGGAUGAUUGUGAUAAUAAUAUAUUACUUGAUACUUUAACAUCAAGUAACAUAUUAUUCAAUGAUUUAUCAUUGAGUAACAUAUUACUUGAUACUUCGAAAUUACUUUAUAAUUCAGAAUUGCUUGAUGCUUCAGUAUUAGUUCUUGAAUUUUUGGAAUAUCUUUUUUUCACUUUUCUUAAUAUGGAUACAUUUUGUGCUUCGAUAGCUUCUUGUGCUUCCUCUUGA